AUGGCCACAACCACAAUCAUUGACGACGUGAAAGAGAUACCGAAUCACUAUCCAUCCAUAUUUCAUGGGCCUGCAGAUCCUCCACUUGUCACUCUGACGCUUGGUGACUUUCUGGACGCUCAAUGCAGACGGCAUGGCAAUCGCGAGUGUAUCGUAAUCCCAUGGACCGGCGACAGAUGGACCUACGACGAUCUGAGAGAGCAAAGCUCCGCGCUAGCCCGCUAUCUUCAGGCCAGAGGUAUUCAGUCGGGUGAUAGAGUGGCUAUCCUGGCCGGGAAUCGCGCAGAAUAUGCCUCUGUAUUCUUUGCUUGCAUGCGCCUGGGUGCCAUCUUGGUCAUACUGAAUAACACAUACACCACUCCCGAAGCCGAACAUGCAUUGCAGUAUACCGGUAAGUCCUGGUAGACGCCAUGGACAGUGCCAUGCCGACAACUGACGCUUGCUAUACAGCAACCAAGGUGCUAUUUGCAACUCCUUUCAUCGGCCGGCAAGACAACCGCCCCAUGCUCAAACGCUUCACGCAACUCGCGGGUCCAGUUUCGGGACUGCAACAGGUCAUACUCUUGGAGGGCACGAUGGGCGGAUUCCUGGAUUACCAGACUGCCGUGCGAGUGGGCGAACGGCUUCCCGAAGGUCCUCUGAAACAGGUUCAAGAGAGCGUCAGCCCGUAUGAGACUUGCAACUUGCAGUUCACCUCUGGAUCAACAGGGCACCCAAAAGCAGCUAUGUUGACACAUCAUGGGCUGCUAAAUAACUCACGUUUCAUUGGGGAUCGCAUGAGCCUGACCCAGGCAGAUGUGCUCUGCUGUCCGCCUCCGCUAUUCCACUGCUUUGGUCUCGUCCUGGGACUGUUGGCGGUUAUGACACACGGCGCGAAGAUCGUGUAUCCGUCGGAGGUAUUCGAUGGGCCUUCGGUCUUGCAGGCAAUCACUGAAGAAAAAUGCACAGCAUUACACGGUGUUCCAGCAAUGUUUGACACACUGUUCAGCUUGCCCAGACCAGCAAACUUCGAUUGUAGCAGAUUGAGGACGGGCAUCAUCGCUGGAGCGCCUGUGCCUCGCCAUCUGAUGGAGUUGCUGGUGACCGACUUUGGUAUGACCGAAUUCACAAGCAGCUACGGCUUGACGGAGGCAUCGCCAACCUGCUUCAAUUCGUACGUCGACGAUUCGAUUGAUAGACGCUUGACGACUGUCGGCACCUUGAUGCCACACGCUCAUGCUAAGAUCGUAGAUUGCAACGGCCGUAUCGUUCCAAUUGGUGUCCGAGGGGAGUUAUGUAUGGCUGGGUACCAGCUACAGCAAGGCUAUUGGCGGAACCCGGAGAAGACGGCGGAGGUAAUGAAACGAGACGAGAAUGGCGUGUUAUGGCUACACACGGGCGAUGAGGCGGUGGUCGAUGAGCAUGGAUACUGCAGCAUCACUGGUCGGUUCAAGGACAUCAUCAUCCGAGGUGGUGAGAAUAUCUAUCCGCUUGAGAUCGAGGAGCGACUCGUCGCGCAUCCAGCCGUCGAUCGUGCCGUCGUCGUCGGAUUGCCGCAUCCUCGAUAUCAGGAAGUGCCUUCAGCCUUCCUGCAGCGAGCAGAGGGGGCGGAGCGGCCGAGCCUCGAGGAGAUUCAAGAGUUUAGUCGUAAGACGCUGGGUCGACACAAGGCGCCCAUGCAUGUAUUCUGGCUCGGCGAAGACGGUGUGACUGCGGAUCUACCCACCACUGGCAGUGGUAAGGUCAAGAAGUUCGAGAUGAGGAAGAUUGGAGAGGAGUUGCUCGCCGCCGUAGGUCCAGCUCGUGCUCGGCUGUAA